GUUACCCUAGAACCGGGGUCGGCAACCUGCGACACGCGAGCCACAUGCGGCUCUUUGGAUGAGAAGCUGCGGCUCUUUAGUUCCAUACGCAAAUAUUAUUUAUUUUAUCGAAACAUUUUUUAAAAUAGUUCUGAAUAGUUCAACGAGGAUUAGGCACCGAUUCUAUCUAUUGGACACCCUCCCCCAUUAUACGCGUCGUCACUGUUGUCAGUCCAUCAGAAGCUCUCUAAUGACGCCAUCGUCGAAUGUUUCUAUGUAGCUUUCAAGUCGCUUUCGACGCUAGAUGAAUUGGCUUGCUAUAGAUGAGUCUUGCGAGAUAAAAGACACGGCACUAGUUGCCCAUUAUGUUAGAUAUAUGUCUUCCCAAGGUCCAAAAGAAAAACUUUAUGGAUUGCAACCGCUCUCGGAACAAACUAGAGGGAAAGAUAUAGUGCAUGCCGUGUAAAAAUACAUUGGACAAAAAUAGAUCGAUUUAAAUAAAAUCGUUUCAAUAACAAUUGAAGGAUCCAGAAAUAUAACAGUAAAAGAAUAAAAGGGCAACAACGAUUUUUCGAAGCAAAUUAAACCAAGCAAUUUUUACGUUUCAUUGAAUAAUACACCCAAGAAGCACUUUGUACCAAAAACGAUACAGACCGAAAUAGUUGCGGUAAUGAAAUUGGCAGCAUCUUGUCAAAAACACUCUACCAUCAACAGUUUAAGAAUUGUUAAACGAAAUGGAGACUCAGUAUUCUGAGCUACUUCUUAUCAAUAAAGUGCAAUGGCUUUCCAAAGAUCAACAAAAAUGUCUCAAGAAAAUUUGGGCAGAAUUAUCGGUCUAUAUGAUAUUAUUGGUGAACAUGAGAUGCAGAUAGCAGACGAUGGAGAAGGAGAUGUAGCCACUGACAUUAAAACCUGUACCAAAAACCCAGGCCAUGAGAAAUUCAUACCUGUCAAUAAUUUUAGAAUUGAACAUUUACCUGAAGAGCAUCGUGACCUAGAACUGUUUAAAUACAUCAAAUCUGUUUCCGUUCUGACGGUGAGGGUGGAUGUUCAGAACACGAGCCCCCGAAGGCCAGACGUCUGGCCAGGGACCAGGAGUGUGUACCCAUGCUAUUCUAUGGCAGGUCGUGAAAGCGUGAGACGAGGCAGCGGGAGAAUUAGUCUCGUGACGAAAUACGCGUAUGGCUAUGACCAGGAAGGUGGAAGGCACUGGUUGGGUCGCGCCUCUUGCGCUUGCCACGUCUGUCAGCUUUCCAGCUCGCCGAGAAACAGCUGGUGGGAGAUUGAAGUACUCACGGCCACGCACGUGGUCUUCGACGAGGUGGAGGCGAGCCAGGCCUCAUGCAGGCUGUUUUACGACAGCCCAGACAGCCCCGUGACCACCCUGGAUGUUGUUGGGGUCGGCUUCGUGAACGUGGAAAGAGACUGGUGCAGACUGGUUUGUACCACUUGCGACAACGACCUCGGAGAAGUUUUAUUCCGACUGAAGAAGCGCUGCAACGUACUAUGGAAGACUGUUCACGAACGAUACCGAGCGUCCAGGGAUGUGGACAAGCUGAUGUUUAUGGUCUCACAUCCACACGGAGGUCCCAAGCAGGUCAGCUUGGGUCAGUGGCAGGACAGGUACCUAGUCGACUCGGACAUUCACAACUACAACAAGUUUACAUAUACCACAAGCACAUGUCCUGGAAGUAGCGGGGCUACAGUCUAUUGUCUGGGAUACACUGGCUGGUGGCUCUACCAGUUGGUUCAUAGUGGCACAUUACCAUCAGGUCUCAAUUACAGCGGUUCUGCGUUUGUAUUAUAAGACACCUAAUGGAACAAGAAGCAAAAUAUAUGCUUCACUUUAGCUUCAAGCUUAUUUUAACUCCCUCCUUCUGUCUAUCUGGCAGGAAUCGUGUGCACGUUAUUUCUCACACUUCCCUUUCUCGGAUUUAGUUAAAACCUGGCACAAUUAUUCGUUGCCAAUGACAACACUUGUAUCAGUGAAAUAACCGAUUAGUUAAUUAAUUAGUGGUAAUUAAUUAAUUGUGUUUUAUAUAUAAAAAGGGAAAUACAACUUGCAGCAUUCAGAGAAAUGGCAGUAAUUGAGAGUGUCUUUCCUUUAUAUUAGCUUUUUAAAAAAUUCUUUUAUAUUUUGCUGGUUGUCAAUUGAAAAUAAAAUAAUAAAAGUAAUGCAAUUUUUGUAUAAAAAUGAAA